AUGUUAGGUUUUUCCCCAAAGAGCAUUCCCUUCGUCGCCAGUAAUGUAGUACAGGUUACAAUACGAUCUUGGGCAUCAGUUAUUGAUGAUUAUGAUUAUGUGUUUUCGGAGAAUGGUCUUGUGGCUCACAAAGAGGGGAAACUCAUUGGAACCCAGAGCUUGAAGUCAUUUCUUGGAGACGAGAAGCUCAAGGUAUUAUCCCAUUUUCUGAGUUUUAUCGAUUUUACACUUCAUUAUAUUGCCGAUUUGGAUAUCCCAAUAAAGAGGGGAACAUUUAUAGAGUUUCGAAGUGGGAUGAUCAAUGUUUCACCAAUUGGGCGAAACUGUAGCCAAGAAGAAAGGGAUGAAUUUGAAAGAUAUGAUAAGGUUCACAAUAUACGCCCCAAAAUGGUUUCUGUGCUCAGAGAGAGGUUUGCUCAUCUUAACUUGACAUUUUCCAUAGGAGGUCAAAUUAGCUUCAAUGUCUUCCCUCAAGGUUGGGACAAAACAUACUGCUUGAGAUGCCUUGAUGAUUUUCAAGAAAUCCAUUUCUUAGGUGAUGAAACUUACAAGGGUGGAAAUGACCAUGAAAUUUAUGAAUCAGAGCAAACCGUAGGUCACACAGGGGUUUCAUUCAAGAACAACUACAAGAUGAAUCAGGAAUUCUACUAG